AGCCUCCAGCACGCAAGCGCACUAGGGAGGUCCUGAGUGUCCGGAGGCAACGAACUACACUUCCCAAUGCUCUUAAGCAACGGAAGUGACGUAAACAGCAGACAGAGUUGGAGGGUUCGGGUAAAAAUGGCUGAAUAUUUAGCUUCUAUAUUCGGGACUGAGAAGGACAAGGUUAACUGCUCUUUUUACUUUAAGAUCGGGGCCUGCCGGCACGGGGACCGGUGCUCCCGGCUUCACAACAAACCGACUUUUAGCCAGACCAUAGUGCUGCUCAACCUGUACCGGAAUCCGCAGAACACCGCUCAAACCGCAGACGGAUCGCACUGUCACGUGAGCGACGUGGAGGUGCAAGAACACUAUGAUAACUUCUUCGAGGAAGUGUUCACGGAACUGCAGGAAAAGUACGGGGAGAUUGAAGAGAUGAAUGUGUGCGACAACCUGGGGGAUCACCUCGUGGGCAAUGUUUAUGUCAAGUUUCGGCGCGAGGAGGAUGCAGAACGGGCAGUGGCUGAACUCAAUAACCGCUGGUUCAACGGGCAGGCUGUGCAUGCUGAGCUGUCUCCAGUCACUGACUUCCGGGAGUCGUGCUGUCGGCAGUAUGAGAUGGGGGAAUGUACCCGCGGUGGUUUCUGCAAUUUCAUGCACCUGCGACCCAUCUCCCGCAACCUCCGGCGGCAGCUCUAUGGGCGGGGACCCAGGCGCAGGUCACCCCCAAGGUCCCAUACUGGCCACCGUCCCAGAGAAAGAAAUCGACGACGGUCCCCAGAUCACCGGCAUGGCCGUUUCUGAGACCCUGACCCCCUUGUCCUCCACCCCUGGCAGGCACAGAUGUUCCUGGCCAGGACCCCUCCUCAAAGCUCCCUUAAUUCCCCAGUGCCAUCUUCUCCAGGCUCCGGGUCUCCAUGUUGUAAUGCCUUCAACACAGGGACCUUCUACUGCCCCUCCCCUAAUAAAGUUCUGUAUU